UGGCAGUGCCGCUCUCUGAGGCGCAGCGCUCUGCCCCCGGCGGUUCCUUUAAGGGCGGCGGGGGCGCGGCCCGCCCGGCUCUGACGCGCGCUCUGGGUGACGCCCGCCCCUUCCAGAUCCUUCUGGAAGGCGGGCAGCCCGCAGCCGGCGCAACCCGAGCCCUUCCGGAAAGUGCCGAAGUCCGCCCCGGUGCCUGGCGGAUUCCCCGCCGGCCGGCAGAGCGCGGCUGCGCGGAGCAGAGCAACCGCCGGUUGGUGGCCGGGGCUCCGCAGUGGGGGGAGAGAGAGGACACGGAGCCGGGUCCCAGCAGCCCAGGCGGUCGGCGCUGCAGCUGUAGUCACAGGGGCCGGCGAGGAAGCACCGGGCGCAGCCAUGUCCGUGGUUGGCAUUGACCUCGGUUUCCUCAACUGCUACAUCGGGGUGGCGCGGAGCGGCGGCAUCGAGACCAUCGCCAAUGAGUACAGCGACCGCUGCACCCCAGCAUGUAUAUCCUUAGGAUCCAAGACCCGGGCCAUUGGGAAUGCAGCAAAGAGCCAGAUUGUCACAAAUGUAAAAAAUACUUUACAUGGUUUCAAGAAACUGCAUGGAAGAGCAUUUGAAGAUCCUUACAUACAAUCUGAAAGGGCCAAACUUCCUUAUGAACUCCAGAAAAUGCCAAAUGGCUCCGUAGGAGUAAAGGUGAGAUACCUAGAUGAAGAGAGACUGUUUGCAAUUGAACAGAUUACAGGAAUGUUACUGGCCAAACUUAAAGAGACUUCAGAAAGUGCUUUGAAGAAACCAGUGGCAGACUGUGUGAUUUCGGUACCCAGUUUCUUCACUGAUGCUGAGCGGAGGUCUGUAAUGGCAGCUGCACAGAUUGCAGGAUUAAACUGUCUGAAGCUGAUGAAUGAAACUACAGCAGUGGCACUGGCAUAUGGAAUAUACAAACAAGAUCUGCCAGCACUGGAAGAGAAGCCAAGAAAUGUGGUCUUUGUAGAUAUGGGACAUUCUGCAUAUCAGGUUUCAAUCUGUGCUUUUAACAAGGGAAAACUGAAGGUUUUGGCAACUACCUUUGACCCUUUCCUAGGUGGCAGGAGUUUUGAUGAGGCUCUGGUAGACUACUUCUCUGAAGAAUUUAGGACAAAAUACAAACUUAAUGUAAAAGAGAAUCCCCGGGCAGUGCUAAGAUUGUAUCAGGAAUGUGAGAAAUUAAAAAAGCUUAUGAGUGCAAAUGCUUCUGACCUUCCACUCAAUAUUGAGUGCUUCAUGAACGACCUUGAUGUCUCCAGUAAAAUGAACAGAGCUCAGUUUGAACAACUUUGUGCUGCCCUUCUCUCCAGAGUGGAACCUCCUCUGAGAGCAGCCAUGGAUCAAGCUAAGCUUCAGCGUGAAGAUAUCUACAGUAUAGAAAUAGUAGGUGGGGCUACUAGGAUUCCAGCAGUGAAGGAACAGAUCUCUAGCUUUUUCUGUAAAGAGAUAAGCACCACGCUAAAUGCUGAUGAAGCUGUUGCAAGAGGCUGUGCCUUGCAGUGUGCAAUUCUUUCCCCAGCCUUUAAAGUGAGGGAAUUCUCAAUCACAGAUGUUGUUCCUUAUUCUGUAACAUUAAGAUGGAAAUCAUCUUAUGAAGAAGGAACAGGAGAGUGUGAAGUCUUCAGUAAGAAUCAUGCUGCUCCGUUCUCAAAAGUAAUUACUUUCCACAAGAAAGAGCCUUUUGACCUGGAGGCUUACUAUACCCAUCCACAUGAAGUGCCUUAUCCUGACUCCAGAAUAGGGCGUUUCACUAUUCAGAACGUUGGUCCCCAGCACGAUGGUGACAAUUCCAAAGUCAAGGUGAAAGUGCGUGUCAACAUCCACGGCCUGUUCAGCGUGGCCAAUGCUUCUGUAAUAGAGAAGCUGAAUGUAGAGGGUGAUCACAGUGAUGCACCUAUGGACACUGAGUCAUCAAGUAAGAGCCAAGGCAGAGAUGAGGAGCUGGAUAAGAUGCAGGUUGAUCAAGAUGAAGGUAUUCAGAAAAGUCAAGCUGAACAACAGAACCAAGCAGAUGAGGAAACUGAAAAUGCAGGAACCGAAACAAAAACUGCUUCUGGGGACAAGCAAGAUCAUUCAGCCCAGCCAAAGGCAAAAACAAAAGUUAAGAGUAUUGACCUACCUAUACAGGCAAGCCUCUACAGACAGCUGGGACAAGAUCUUAUCAAUUCCUAUAUAGAAAAUGAGGGGAAGAUGAUGAUGCAAGAUAAGCUUGAGAAAGAAAGAAAUGAUGCAAAGAAUGCUGUUGAAGAGUAUGUGUAUGACUUCAGAGACAAACUGUGUGGAGUCUUUGAGAAAUUCAUCACUGAAGAAGAUGCAAACAAGCUGACCUUGAUGCUGGAGGACACAGAAAACUGGCUUUAUGAGGAUGGAGAGGACCAGCCAAAGCAAGUAUACGUGGAUAAGCUUCAGGAGUUAAGAAAAUUUGGACAGCCUAUUCAGGAGAGAUACAUGGAACAUGAAGAGAGACCAAAAGUUCUAAAUGAACUAGGAAAGAAGAUUCAGCUCCUAAUGAAAGCAGUAGAAGCAUACAAAAACAAGGAUGAAAAAUACGACCACCUAGAUCCUGCUGAGAUGGAAAAAGUAGAGAAGUACAUUAAUGAAGCUAUGAAUUGGUUGAACAGCAAAAUGAAUGCCCAGAACAAACUCAGUCUCACUCAGGAUCCAGUUGUCAAAGUGGCAGAAAUACUGACAAAAUCUAAGGAGUUGGAUAGCUUCUGCAACCCCAUUAUAUACAAACCAAAACCGAAGAUAGAACCCCCCAGUGAUGGGCAGUCAAAAGCCAAUGGUGAGCACAACGGACCAGUGAACGGACAGAGUGGUGCUGAACCAAAACCUGAGCCAGCCAAGGACACUUCUCAGCAGACCAAACCACCUGGAGAAAUGGAAGUGGACUAAAUCUUGCAUUUCUUUUCCUUAAUUAAAAUAGUGCAAGUAACCACAGGGUCCAUUCUUUUUGUCUGGUACACACCUCAGAUGUUCAGUUGUUCUUAGCCAACCUUCUGUCAUUUGUUGCCGAGUAGUUUUGAAAGUGUUUUAUAUUAAGUACAAUUCUGAUGUUCAUUUCCACUGAUGCUGCUUAUGUGGAGCUUUAGCCAAAUGUAGAUUGUAUAAGUCAGUUUAAGCUUUCCCAAUAUAUUUUAUAUCAAACUUACAGAAUUGAUAUAUAAUGGCAACAAUCUACCUUAUUUAAAGCUUUUAUUGUGGAUAAACCUCAGCUCCUUUAUUCAGGAAAGGAUACUGUAUUGCACUACUGAUGCUCAAAUGUAGAUCUAAUUGCAUCUUUAUUUUGGAAAAAAUAUUGGAAUUGAAGUGGCAAGACACGUCACUUGAAGCACUGACCUUUUCUAGUUAUUGUAUUGUUAUAAUUUAAAUAUUAAAAUAGAGUUUAGUUGGCAUACUAGUCCAUCUUGUUGAUGUACCAUGACAAUUGUACGGUCUUUUUCAUAGAAACUGAAUAACCCAAGUUUAAACAUUUUUUAGAUUCCCAUACCACUAACAAUCUUACUUAUAAAAUGGUGGCGUAAUGGCUCUGCCACGUGCUGAAAUUAAGUGAAUGGUCUCAGCGCACAUAGCUGUACAUAACAUACUGUGCUCAUGAAAUAGUAUGAAGGGGUAGAAUAUACAAAGACUGCAUAGCUUUCCCUUGAAAAUGUCUUACUGCACAUGUUACUAUAUCCACUUUAGUUUUUAAUUUAAUCUCUUGAUCACAUUUUAUGUUGGGGAGAAGAAACAAUAAAAAAUGUGCUGUGUGAGCUGGCCAUUAGCAUCCUGAUUAUGAGGUUGCUUAAAUGCUGUUUGUUGUGAACUUGGAAGAACUACUGAGAGCUUAUUUAAGCCUUGGUACUCAGCACAUAAACCUUUUGGUCAAGGAUCUAAACAAAAGAGUUUGCAAACUGGAUAUUAUUACACAGUUGAAUCACUGUUUCCUUUAAUUAAUUUUAGACACUGUCAUGGUCCAGUGUAUGUUUAUAUAUUCUGAAUGCUUCUGUCAGUCAUGGAAGUACUGUAGCAUUUGCUUGAGCAGGUCACUUUUCUUUUGAUUUGUCUAACAGCACAGGAAUGGGCCACCCUAUGAAAAGUGGUUUCAUAGAUCAGCCUAAGAGGCUGGUAACAGUAUAAAAACUAUUGCAGUGUUAAACACUUGAGUGACUGGAACUCCAGUGCAGAAACGCAUGUAGGUGUUAAGGUGUUCCUGCAGCAAUUCUGUACAAACCUGUUGCUGUUUCAAGUAAGUGAAGGGCUGUGCUCUUGUUCCUGGCUUUGGCAGCCAGUUUAUCUCCAGCCAUACCCUUCACAUUCCAUCUCUGUUCAUGCUACAAAAAGAGUAUCCUGUGACCCAAGCUGGAGUUGGUAGAAGUGAACUUUACUCUCCAGUAUCUUCACAGAAAAAGGAAGCAUCAUUUACAGCUGUAUAUGAACCUGCUAAAGUGCUACAAUUGUACCUUCAUGACUGACAGCAGUGACUGAGAUGCAUGUCCUUUGCUCUACUGUUCUUCCUCUACACAAUCAAUUGUGUGUGCUCUGACACCUUCAAUUGGCACACUUAAAGCCCUUGAACAAAGGCUGAGUAACUCUGGAGACCUGCAGCUACUCCACAGGCUCAGUCUUGAAUUCUGCCACUGUAGUUGUGUCUUUGGCACUGGAAGGGAAAGUGUAUUUCAGUGUCAGCUGUACUAAGAUGAAGUCACUAUAUGGCUGAGCUAGCUUUGGUCCUGCAGGCUUCAACAUCAUUAGUACUUCAGGAGCUUUAUCACAGCAGUGUAAUGAGUAGCAUUCCUAAGUAUUGGCUUUUCCUAAGCCCAUUAAUUUGUCCAGUAGAGUUGCUUAUACCUGGCAGAAGAGCUCAAACAGUGGAAAUCUCCAGUAGCUAUAAAGGUCAUGUAAGAACAGUCUUCUCAUGGCCACCAGAUGCUUAAUAUUACAUUACAGAUUAUCUGAGGCAAUUCUUAUGCAUAAAGGCUGGAGUAAUUCUGCAGCUGCUUAAUAUGGCAAGCUUCAAAGCAGAUCUGGUUAAGCAAUUGUAGUAAGGUUUUCUUACUAGAAAUUUUAUUUUUUUUUUGCUAUGCAUCUGCUCUGUCUCUAGAUCCCUGAUGAAGAGAAAUGCUACCCCCAGAUUGCCAGUAGCUACUGGUUGCUGAUACAUGUGUUAAGAAUCCCUUUUGGAAGGACAAAUUUUUCUUCCCAUAAUGAGCCACACAUAAAUGUGUGAAUGUGACUUGCUGAUAUGUAAUCUGUUUUCUGUUAGAGAUGAAAAUUUACCAAGCUGAAGGUUCUCAAGUACUUACAUAAGCAAUGCACAACUUGAAGAUGAGGUUUUGUGCAUCAGACUGAACAAGUGACGAGUUACCCUGUGGCUACCCUGACAGCAGCAGAAUUAGUAUCUUGCAACAUAAGUUCUGUAAGGGAACCAACAGUAGUGUGUUACUCUGCAUCUUGUGUACUUUAAAAGUGAGGAUUUGUUGCCAAUGUCUUCUUUACAAUUUUCUGUUGAGGGCAAGAUGAAUUUCUGAUGUUUGAAAAUGAUCCUUCCAUCCCACAAAAUAAAAAUAUGAAGCAGCACUAUCUUUGUAAAGGCA